AUGGAUCCUGAUGAGGAAGAACCCUUCGGUGGAGCCCUUAACAUCGGCUCCGAGACCACCGAAGCGGAGAAGGAAUAUGAAAAAGUGUUGGAGCAGCUACGCGAGAUGGAAGGUAUGAAGCUGAUCUCCGACGUGUACACCAAAUUAUACGACUCUUAUUUCAAGGUCAAAGUCGAUAAGGCUGUCAUCGCGGAUGAGGUUGCUAACCUAAAGGCCAAAAUGAAACGUUUUGAUGACAAAGUGACGGGCUACCUGCGUGAAAUUGCUGAAGGCAAUGAGACAAUCGAGAUACUCCGCGCAGAAAUAGAGGAAGCGAAAGCUCUGGCGGAUGCCAUGCACGCGCGGGAGCUGGUCGGUGUCGAAAGCAUGGAGACCAUGAAGAAACUAGUUGUUAGACUGGAGAAGGAGCUGGACGCCAGGAAACGGGCAGGAGAUGAUGAUGCUGGGGCAACAUCAGCUGUUAAAGAGAAAGAGAAGUUUGAGAAAGAGAAGGCGCGUUUGCAGAGUGAGCUGGACAGCGCGAAGCAGCGCCUCACCAAUGCGCUGAGCUACCUUGAAGAGUUGGAUGCGAAGAACACCACAGCCGAGGAGACAAUUCUCAAACUAGAAGAACAACUUGAAGAAGCAGAUAACAACGCAGUACGGACGAAUCGUUUGGUGGAGCAUCUGAGGGGUGAGUCGGAUACGCUGAAGGCGGAGGUGGAUAACAGGGCCAUGAAAAUCAAGAGCCUCAACGAGAAAAUAGCAAAAAACGAGAAGUCUAUAGAGCGUCGUGACAAGCAGCUGGCCCAUUUGAACAAGAAACUGGACGCCGCUCGUGCUGAGCAAGAAGCGGCCAUCAACAAAGCCACUCAACUUAGAGAGAACUUGGAUAACUUACGGGCCGAGUUCGAGAAGACCAACACCACACUUUCAAACACCACUAGAGAACUUAGGAACACAAUAUCCGACAACAACAAGCAACGCAACGAAAUCGUCAAGCUGACGAAGCAAGCUGUUCAGCAGACCAAGCGAUACCAACUACUGGAAGGGAAUAAAGCUAAUAUUGAAAAUGAUCGCGAUCGCCUCCGACAGCAAGUAAGCGUGAUGGAGCGCGACCUGCAACUCGGCAAGAAACAAGCUGAGAAUGACAAGAGGGACAUUGAGAACCUCAACAGGGAGAAGGAUAUACUGAACAAGAAUUUACAAAAGAUUCAGAACGAAGCCCUGGAAAACCUCCACAUGCUGAACCUACAGGAGCAGCGGCGGAAGCAGCUGGAGCACGAGCUGGACGUGAGCGCCGCGCAGAUCAACAAGCAACGCCUUAUGAUACGUCAGUUUGAAAAAGAUAAAGACAGGGCGCUGGAAGAAGCCAUCGCUCUUAACGAAAAAAUUGAUGAAAUAUCAGAGGAGGUUCGCCUCCGAACGGCAGAUAUACUGGACUUGAAGAAGGCAAACAGAGAGGAGAUGAUCAAGUCGCGCAAGCUCUCCGUCGCGCUGGACGCCACCAGAGCCGAGAGGAACAUGCUGCACAAGAACUACACUGAAGCGCUGGACGAAAUACAAGACUUAAAGCAGAAAUUAAAGAUGCUAGCCUAUCAGAUCGAGCAGCUGAAAGAAGAUAUAAGCGGCAAGGAGGUCGGCCUGAAGACGUGUGAGGGAAUGCUGGCCAAGUGCAAUAAAAAGAAUGAACAAUUACGCGCUGAAGUGCAGGCUGGAUUGACUAAACUCUCUGAAGCUAGGGCCGACAUCACAGCGCUAAGGCAGGAAGAAGCUAGACUUAACAGAAUCGUACAGGAAGGUGACACAGCCCGCGCUAAACUGUCCAAGGAGUUAGAAGGUCUCAUGAAUGAACGUGAUGUGGUUGGAGCUCAACUGGUUAGAAGAAACGAUGAGAUUUCACUGCUCUAUGAAAAGAUCAGGAUAUUGGAGAUUACGCUCCAGAGAGGUGAGCGCCAAUACGAGCAGCGCGUUGAAGACAUUCGUCUUCUCCGAUUGGAGAUCAUACGUCUGCGCAAAGAGAAGAACCUACUCUCGAAAGGAAUUGAAAAUAUGACCGACUUGAGAUUGGAGGUGUUCAACUUGGAGCGCGAACUAGGGCGCGAGCGUCUGCGCGUGCGUGCCCUCGAGGAAGCUCUGGAGACUCCCCUCAACGUGCACCGCUGGCGCAAGCUGCAGGGCACCGACCCUGAGAGCGUGCGGCUCACGCAGAAGCUGCGUCUCACGCAAAAAAAAGUACUGGCGCAGAGCGAAAUGUUGGUUCUUAAAGAUCGAGAGUUGAAAGAAACCAGGAACUUGUACAGCGCUGUCAAAGACAUGCUUGCUUUGCAGCCUAGUCCAGAAAUACAGAUUACUUUAACAAGAACACAACGCGCGCUCACACAACGCACGACCAAGAUGAAAUGUUUGAUAGCUGAGCUAAGCAUGCGUGAAAAACAAGUAACAGAUCUAAGACUUGAACUCGACCGUGUUAAUGGUGACCUACAAUCGUUCAAACAGAAAUACUACGAAAUGAAGCGAGCCCUAGACGCGGACGAGGCGAGAAGGCUGAAGGUCGUGACCCCUUCGUCGCCAGAGUCACAAAAACAAUAA